GAGAAGACUUUAUUUGGGGGUCAAAAAAUAUGUGAGAUCCGGUCGUUAACUUCAAAGCAAUUACUGUUCCACAAAAAUAAAAUAAAAUAAAAUAAAAAAGCUGUAUGCUUUGCUUACGACUCUUCCUUCCUUCCUUCUUGCACAUAUUCUCUGUAUAUAAAUCUGCCGUCUUGACAAUGAAAUAUCCAUAAGUUUCUUCUUGGAUCAUAGAGAGAAUUCAAUGUCGAGCUACAAGCUCAAUUACACUGAUUCUUUUGGAAAUGGAGAUGUAAACAGUUUGGGAUCAAACCCAGAAAAUGGUUCUUCACUUGCUCAAUCAGAGAAAGCUGUUGAGGAGCUUCUUACUCAGCAGACUCCUAUGCUAGCAACAGAUGAUCACCUCAUUGAGUUUUCUGAGGCUUUGAGAACUGUUGCAAAGGCUUUAAGAGGAUCUGCUGAAGGAAAGGCAUUGGCUCAAGCUGAGGCUGCUGAGUGGAAACGAAGAUAUGAGUUGGAGAGGUCCAAGAACCAAGAGUUGCUUCAUAAAGCACCGUUGAAUGGAGUGUGUGCCGAUGAAUCUGGUAACAAGGGGAUGGAUCAUUUAGCCAAGUCUCCGCGGCGUCAUGGUCAGGAGAAUGGGAAGUCAGAAAGGUAUUCCUUGGAGCGUAUUUGCUCCCAUGAUGUUCUGCAAGAUGGUGGUGAAUCUAACAGUCCUAAUGGGUGUAACAACAAGCUGAAGAGAAAGGCAUCAUUUAAGCUUUCAUGGGGGUGCAAGGGGCAGGCUAAUGAUCAACACAAGAAAGAAAUCGUCUCGUUUGAGAGUGGAAAUAUCACUACAGCUGACCGCAGCAGUAAACAGAUAUCACUGACAUGGGAAACCAAUCCACAAACUGUGAUUAUUUUCACUAAACCUAACUCAACUUCUGUGCGAGUUCUUUCUGUUGAAAUGGUCAGAUGGUUGAGAGAGCACAAAGGAUUGAACGUUUACGUGGAGCCACGAGUGAAGGCAGAACUUUUAUCAGAAUCAAGUUCCUUCGACUUUGUACAAACUUGGGAAGAUGACAGAGAAAUUUCACUUCUACACCCAAAGGUUGACCUUGUUAUAACUCUUGGUGGGGACGGUACUGUUCUAUGGGCAGCAUCCAUGUUCAAAGGACCAGUGCCUCCAAUUGUUCCAUUUUCCAUGGGAUCUCUUGGAUUCAUGACUCCUUUCCACAGCGAACAAUACCGAGACUGUCUUGAAGCGGUUUUAAAGGGUCCAAUAAGCAUUACACUACGACACAGGUUGCAGUGUCACAUCAUCAGAGACAAAGCAAGGCAUGACUACGAGACAGAGGAGAACACGCUUGUUCUGAACGAAGUCACCAUCGACCGUGGGAUAUCAUCUUACCUCACAAACCUUGAAUGCUACUGCGACAACUCCUUUGUCACAUGUGUGCAAGGCGAUGGACUUAUACUCUCUACAACAUCUGGUAGCACCGCUUACUCACUUGCAGCUGGAGGGUCAAUGGUCCAUCCACAGGUUCCUGGGAUCUUGUUCACACCGAUCUGUCCGCAUUCACUGUCUUUCCGGCCUCUGAUAUUACCGGACCACGUGACGGUGAGAGUGCAAGUGCCGUUCAAUAGCAGAAGCUCUGCGUGGGUAUCGUUUGAUGGGAAAGGUAGGAAACAGCUUGAAGCAGGAGAUGCGCUAGUGUGUAGCAUUGCACCGUGGCCUGUCUCAACGGCUUGCCAGGUUGAAUCAACUCAUGACUUCCUACGCAGCAUCCACGACGGUCUUCACUGGAACCUUAGAAAGACUCAGUCCUCUGACGGCCCUCGUGACACUUGAACAAAUUUAUCUUUUACUCUAAAACCAUAUACAUAUAUAGUACUGACAUCCAUCUAUCCAUCUGUAUGCAUAUAAAUAAAGGAAAGUGAUGGGUUCCGCGAGAGAAUCUAGUUGUAUCCCACUGUUGGGUGUAAAGGAAAUGUAGUAUGUAGCUGUUAUGAGCAAUAACUAUGUUUGAUGGCUUUGCCUUCUCUGCUUGCAA